GAGACGCGCUGAGCGUGUUUGCUGCCAGCUGGAGGCGAUGUCGCUCCUCCUCUCCUCCUCUCCUCUCUCCUCUGCUCAGCUCUGCGUGGCCACUGAGCUUUCAGUCUGCUGGGUGAGAUCAUUACCAGACACCAGGCUCCGGGACCUGACAUUCACCGAUCGAGAGAGAGAGAGAGAGAGAGAAAAGAGAAAAGAGAAAAGAGAGAGAGAGAGAGAGAGAGAGAGAGAGAGAGAGAGAGAGAGAGAGAGAGAGAGAGAGAGCGCCCUGAUGCAACCGGCGAGGGAACGCGACCCACACCACGGUCUCCUGCCUCGGGUCCUCAGUCUCCUGUCCUGGUGGAUGAAAGCGCGGUCUGGCCGCUGACAUUUUCCCGCUGGAUUUGGGCUUGUAGUCGGAUGCUUGUUUUGACUGCAGUACUAGUCCGACUCCCCCCUCCUCCCCGAACAACCGAGUUGCGGAGUUGCGAGGGAUCUCAGCGCUGAACAGCUCCCGGAGUGACCAGCGAUCCUGCAAAAGGCGCCGGAGACGCGCUGCACCGCCGCGGCUCGCAACGCACGAGUCAAUCCGCACGAGCCUCGAAACAUCUCAUUUCUGUGAGGAAUUGGACACAAGCGCCACGUUUCCGAUUGGAUCCCCCCCCCCCUGCUUGUCUACCUUGCUUCUGUCAUCAGAUCGGCUGCAAAUCCUAUUUUCGUUUUUUUUCCUCUUUCCUAAGCACCGUUGACGCCAUUUUCCUCGGGGUUUUCUGUCAAAAGAGAUAUACCUACAUAUAUUCUGGCACCGCUUGACAGCUCCCCGGGAGGCUGUCAUCCCAUCCGUGGCGUGUGUAAAAUGUGUCUAAAUGGAUUGUAAAUGAUCUUGAUAAAAUAUUUACACGUUAGAGCCGAGUGUGUGACAACAUUAGACAUGGACUGUCCCUGGCUUCGCUGUGUUCCUGUGGGACACCCAACCCGACCCCAGUAGUUGACUGACAACAACCAACCAGCCCAACAGACUACUGUUCUCUACUGUCCUAUUGGCUGGCUGCCACAGCUUCCCCCAUCCUGACUGGCUCUGGCGGGAGCGUGGAUGGAGCCAAGGGAUCUGGUUGGCUCGGCCCGACCCAAAGAGGCGGAGUUACAGGGAGGCAGGGUGGGGCCGAAUGAAGAGUCGCAGGAAGGAGCAGGGGCCAUCAGUUUGGCGCGCCGUGAUGAUGUGAUUACCGGUGCCAUAAGUGAAGGGGAGGGGCUAGAGGAACAGGGGGAGGGGCUUCUGGAGGAACAGGAGUUCUCCAUCAAGGAAGCAAGUUUCCAGGAAGGAAGUCUAAAGCUGAAGAUUCAGACCACCAAGCGCACCAAGAAGCCCCCCAAGAACCUUGAGAACUACAUUUGCCCACCUGAAAUCAGGAUGACCAUCAGACCUCCAGUUGGAGAGGGCAAAGGAGGGCGGCAGGGACGAACAGGAGGCGGGGCAGGGCGGGGCCAGAAAGACGAAGAACGAGGACCCCCCAGAAAAAGGACAUACGAGCGCCAGUUCAGAAUGCCUGAGCAGAGAGAGGGAGGCCUGCUGCAACUACUGGGAGAUCACACUCUGCCCAAACACCAGCUUCGCAGCUCCCUCCCUCCUGGACACACACAGCAACAGCAAACGCAUCACAUCCUUACACAACAAUUCCAACACCCUCACUCACAUCAACACCAAAUCAAUCCAGACUGGAUCACGUCUCCAGUACCUUCUGCAUCCCCGGCCAAUCCUGCAGAUUCUGAGCCAGCCAGAGAACUGGCAGCAGCGAGUAGGAGCUCUUCGCUCGAUCCAACCCAACCUUUCUCACGAACCGCUACACGAAGCCCCUCACCUCAGAGAUCCCUGACUCCAGACCUGCAGUUGCCAGUGGUUACAGAUGCCAGUAUUCUCAACCUGACCUCUCUCAGCAGGGGGAGGGGGUUGCAAGAGGUCAGUGAGCAGCUCUUUGGGAACAUCAAGAGGAAGUACGGCAGGAAGGACUCCCAAAGGAUGCUCUGUAAUCCCCACAGUGCUGAUACACUUUGGGGAAGACAGCCAGAGAAAGGAUCGGAGAGCCCAACUAAUUCAGAGGAGAGGCAGAAGUACAGGCUAGAGGAGACAGCUGAGCGGUUCCAUGACGAUAGAGAGGAAAGGAGAAAAGAGGAAAGAGAGCGAGCAAUUGCUGGGAGGAGAGGAGACGAAGAAGACAGAGGGAUGCCCAUGCUGACAGAGGAAGGGAAAGGAAGAAAGAGGCGGAGAAGGCCUUCUUUUGACCAGUCAUUUUCUGCAGAGGAGCCAUUACAGCAACGACAGGACUCUGACACUACAGAGAAGCACCAGCCUGGGGCCUCAGAACCCAAAGUAGCACAUAAGAUGGAGACUCACAAAAACGACUCUCGACUUACAAGUCCCGCCGAUUUCAGUAGAGAACGGAUAGAAAAAGGAGAGAGAACAGAUAAAGGCGAUAAAAGAGAAAAGGGAGAGAGGGUAGACCGGGCAGAAAGAGGAGAGAUAAUUAUAUGCGGGUCUGACCCAGAGUCAGCGUUGAGUGCAAAUAGAAUGAAAAAGAACCCUGUGGGUCGUCCUAAGAUCAACACAGACACCCUUAAACACAGAGAGACGGCUUAUAAUCACAUCAACAAAGCCAAUCUUAACACAAACCCCAGACUCCCUAGCCCAAACCCCAGCCCCAGGGGCAGCAUCAGUCCGAGCCCGAGGGCUAGUAUUAGCGCCAGUCUCAGCCCCAAACCCAGGGUUGCCUUGAGUCCUAGCCCCAGCCACAGCACCAGCUCCACAGCCAGUUCCAGAACAACCAAGGCAAAGGACAGAUGGUCCUACCUGAAAGCUAAAAGCCAUGCCAGCCUCACAUCACCCCACAGAGACAACCGGGGAAGCCCCUCGACCUUAGCUGACCCCCCUUCAGCCUUCCCCAUCACCCCCUCUAGCCCCCUCUACACCAACACUGAUAGCCUCACCGUCCAUACACCCAUUAAGAGGAAACGAGGACGACCCAAGAAACAGCCACUCCUGACAGUGGAAACCAUCCAUGAGGGCACCUCCACCUCACCUCCAAGCCCACUGGCACAGGAAACCUUUGCAGGGCUAAACCGUCGGAGGAAGACACACACACUAAACACAUUAGUGCAAAUGGCCUCUACAACCACCAGCGCCAAUUCUAAUAGUCUGAAACUAAAGCGUGGUAGGGGCCCUUCCAGGCCAGUGAAUAAGAUGAAGCUUGGGAAAAUGCAAAGCAUCCUGAAUGAGAUACUUUCAGGCUCCAGUCAGAACGGCACUCUGGCUCUGAAAUCAUCUUCUGCCCCUGUUACCUCAGCUAUGAGUGCCAUGGCGUCCACUAUUGAGGCUCGGCUGGGAAAACAGAUAAAUGUCAGCAAGAGAGGAACCAUCUACAUUGGUAAGAAGAGAGGGCGGAAACCCAGAGCAGAAACCCAAGGCUCCAAUCCUCCCAAAACCACUAGGGACAAGCCCCCCCUGUCUGUCUCCACAGCCAGUCUCUAUGAGAGCCCUGUAGUGCCUUCGGCCACCUUGUCUCCCAGCUCCAGUGCUCCAUCCUUAAGAACCAGCCACUCUGAUGCCACUAUGCCCAGUUUGCAGCCCAUUUCCGCCCUGCCCUCCAAAGCACCAGGCAGGAGCUUCCUCUCUGGCGGAUGGAAACUGUCUCCUCCACGCCUUCUGGCUAACUCACCUUCCCACCUGUCAGAGGGGGCAUCAGUGAAGGAGGUGACCCUGUCCCCUAUCAGCGAGUCCCACAGUGAGGAGACUAUACCAAGUGACAGUGGGAUUGGGACAGACAACAACAGCACCUCAGAUCAAACUGAGAAGGGCUCCGCCUCUCGGCGCAGGUACUCAUUUGAUCUGUGUGGGUUUGAGGCUGCGGAGGCAGCAGCCCUGGAAGCAUCCAACAGAGGCAGCAGAGCACGCUGUGAACGGCAAGUAACUGCUGUUGACAACUUCCUGUCACAACAGGAAAAGAAGCAAAAACAUCAUCGACGGAAGAGGAAGUGCCUACAGAGCCGAGAUCAUCUUCACUUUCUCUCUGAACUGGAGGAGGUUGUGUUGAAGCUUCAGCAGCUGCGAGUGUCUCACAGACGAUACACCUGCUACUCCCAGCAGCCGUAUCCCUCCAUUUUCCGCCUGAACUUCCAUCAUUACUAUCCUGUUACCUACGACUCCUACCCCUGUGACUCCAGCUCGUACCUCCGCAGGAGCGCCGAUCUGAAGGCCAAGAGGAGACGCGGCCGUCCAGCCAAAGCCAGCGAGCCAAUCACAUCGAAGCUGCCUUUUGUUCAAGGAUAUGGUUAUCCGCUGGCAGGGGGAAAUUACUAUGCAGCACCGUAUGCGAUGCCUUACGCACCUCCUCUGAGUCUGGGCUACUUUCCCCCUGCUGCCCCAUUUUACCUGCCCCACCACUCGCUAGGACCUGCACCUCCUUCUCCCUUCAUGAGGCCUGCUGUCCCCCCUCCCAAGGCUUUCCACUCCAGUGGACACUCACAACUCCAACCAGGGGCCAAGCUUCGCAGCUCCAGUGGCCCACUCCAGGGGCCCUCUGUAAGAGGAGAGGGCCUGGGAUCCCUAGGCAGUGGCAGUGCAAGUGGUCUUGCUGGGGUUCGCCUCCAUAAGAGGAAGCACAAGCACAAACAUAAGCACAAGGACGAACCCCUCCUUUCACUGCGAGAUCGCCAGGAAUUGGGUGGGCUCUUCAGCGGAGCUAAGACCAGUGCGCGCCUCAGCAUGCUGAGUGACAGAAGGGACUUGGUCAGUCAGGGCCCUUCAAAGCAUCUGGAGAAGCAGAGGGGCAUAGGCUCAAGCCUGGGAUCCAGCUUAGGGAUGUUUGAGUCGGAGCAGCUGUCCACACACUCUCUCGCUGACAGCCAGUUCCACUCCCGUCAGACUCGACAGCCAAUAAACAGCUUCAUGAGCAGCUACAGUAGCCAAACCCAGCGGUCAGAGUCAGCUUCUGACCUCUUCUUGGGGUCACGGGGGGACGAGUGUGCAGGGCGGAGCAGGAAGACGAGGCUCGCUGUGUUUGGAGAUCAGGGCUUAAUGUCGUUCCAAACUGCCAGGCAGGAGCCAGGACAGAUGAACAACUGCUCUGGUCCCUCCCACAAUGAUGUUCCCACUAAGCGGAGGUAUAAGCGACGCGAGGUGGAACAGAUCCAGAAGGACGUGAGAAGGAUGCAUUCUUUGAACUUUGAGCAUGUGCAGAAGAUCCUCCGUGCCAAGCGCCUGCAGCGACAAGCCAAAACAGGAAACAACGUCGUCAAAAGACGGCCUGGGCGGCCCCGAAAACAACCUAUAGAAGAAUCAGCGCUGACUAUGAGGAGUGUGGCUAAUCGGGUUGAUGUUCGGGGUUUGGACAUGUUGUCCGGUAGGAGAGGUGAUGGGAGAACUCAGGGGAUGCCUGUCCUGGAGAGGUGUGAUGACCUGCCAGGUAGGCAGAGCCUCAGGCCAAGCUUGAUCCCCGAGCCACUGGAGUUCUCAAAUCACGAUUCCAUCUCGGCGACAAUUGAGACUGUGGUGAAUCAAGCGCGAUCUGUGCCUCCACUGGCCAGAGGAGGCAAACGCAGAGGCAGGGGUCACAGCAGGGACGAGUUAUGGGCUCCUUCCAGUCAAUAGACCUGCAACUCUGUAACCGAACAGAGAGCAGUUGUUGGAGUCAGUGCUGUUUCAGAUGCAGCGCCCUUCGUUCUGAGACUCCUCGGUGCACUUUGACUUGUUUCUCCUGUCUGAUUUGUGAGGACUACAGAGGGUCAAAGGAGGAGGGAACGCAUACGGUACCAUCCCUCUGCUUGCUAAACCCAACCAGACAUGAGCCUUUCAAGAAUUCAUUGGACCUUCAUUUGCAAUGGCACUAUAUGGUACUGUUUGAUACUGAAUCUGAUGCUAUAAAAGUGUGUGGUACUCAU